UUGUUUCUCUUAGGAAAAGAUUUGAGUAAUCCGAUUAUCAACAUUACAAUGGCAUCAACUCAAACACCUUAUAUCCUUUUCAAGGAUUCUAAUGUCGUUGAGACUCUUCAUCUGUACAUGUCCAAUCUGGAGCACCUUGCCACCGAUUCUUGCGGACAGUUGUCAACCCUCAUCUCAUUUUUACAACUUGCGAUUAAAACCGUUGCCCACAGGCUGCAAAGGCUAAAACUUGGCAACUUGCUUUCAUCUUUCAAUUAUUGGACCCUAACUUGUGAAAAGGUCCCAUCAAUAAUAAAUGAUGAAUUCAUACACAUUUUGACCAACUCUGGCUGUUGCUAUCAGAUAAUAUCUAAUUUGAACGAUGAACCGAUUUCUAUUGAAAACGCCAAGCAAGGGAAGUACAUAGUUUGUUUUCAAGGCAUAAAUCUCGAUGAAAGGAAUAUCGCAUGCGAUUUACCCACAGCGUCCAUUUUUUCAAUAUACAGAAAGGAGAUGAAGGAAGAGGAAGAUACACUGUUCAGUCAGACGUUGUCAAAUCUCAAGGAAGAAUAUUUAGUCGCCUCAGGGUACGCUAUAUACGGCGCAAGUGUCAAUGUUGUCAUAGGCAUUAAAAAUUUUGGUGUUACCCACUAUGUUUUGGACCCUGUUUUAGGAGAACUAGUUGUAAUGGAAAAACAUAUGAAGAUACCUCAGAAAGCGAGAAUUCUAUCGAUAAAUGAAGGUAACGAAUAUCUAUGGGAACCUCAGAUAGUAGAGUACUUAAAGAAAAGGAAAGAUCCAAAACAAGGAAUACCACUGAAGUCGCGGUUUACUGGUUGCUUGGCUGCUGAUUUCCACUGUGUUCUCAAGACAGGUGGUAUAUACCUCUGCCCAAGUACUCGAAAGAUGCCACAUGGACAACAUUCUUUGAUAUGUGAGUGCAUCCCGCUUGCAUUCCUGGCCCUUCUUUGCGGAGGUGCGGCAACAACGGGAAAAACUAACAUUCUAAAUGUGCAUCCUGAAAAAUUGAAACAGCAAACGCCGUUUUUUAUUGGCUGUGGUGAAGAGGUUUACGAUUUGUUACAUUUGUCAAAUCCUUGAAAUGAGUAAGAAAAUUGCAGUGUAUUGCUUAAAAUAAAGAAAAAUUACAG